UGUUAAUAUAUGUAAACAGAGUUCGAAAAUGGAUAAUUCCUUUUUUUCUCCAAAACAGGACGGAUGGUAAUACAACUCGAGUCGUCAUGUUAGCCUACCUAGCAGCUACGUAUACAUUAUAUAAAUCGGAUUAAAAUAUCCAUUCCUAUUGGAAAGGUACCAACCGAACUAAACGGUAUAUGUUAAAUGGUCGUCUGGUAUAACUCAGGUAUGUAUAUAUUACAUAUGUACUCUGGUAGCUAACCAUAAUAGGCUGGAAAUCUCUGCGUGUACAUGCCUCCAGGGCUGUAUACUGUGUAUAGCGUAACUUGAUAAUGCACAUAAUGGUUUCAUUUCAAAUGCGGUCCCCACGAUGGACAGAAUGGCCAUCGUACUAGGGAUCUACUCCUACUACGACACAGGGAUCUACUACAACAUCUUACCUGUCAGCAGCAUGUACCUUCUUCACCCUUGCUCGAACGCCCACGCCCUGGCAGCCCUGAGCAAGCGACGGUGCGUUAGCCGGUAUCCCCACCAAGUCCGAAGACACAAUACAGUAUCGUAAGAUCUCUUACCUAUGGAGCUCUGAGAAAGAACAUAUAUACGGCGGUGCCUGGACCCAACAUUUCGAUGCUUGCUCUCUUGCUACUUGAGUCGAAGUUGUUUCUUGUUUAUCUCACGUUGUUUAUCUCACGUUGUUGUUUCACGUCAGCAGCCAGCACCGGCUCCUUGGGCACGUGUAACCACCACGAUGAUGAUAUCUUACUCCCGGAGCGCAACCGUAGCCGCCGCUCUGCUACUCACAGUAAUACACAUCGUUUGUGCCCAAACCAUCCUUCUGAACAACUCCACAGUUCCGGCAAAUGAGUCUACCAUUGCGCCAGCAGUAGACAAUGUCAGCGCGCAAGCCUCGAAUUCAACUGCUGACUUGUUCCAUGGAGAGACGCAGCAGCUGACUGACGCAGUUCUCGCCAACCUCACGGACCUGGAGCUAUCUAACGUCACCUUGUUCAGCUUCCAGAAUGACUCUGACCCGGCAGGCAACUUAUCUGCGCGGUCUUCCUCAUUUGGCAGAUGCAAAACCUACCCCGGUGACUUCCUCUGGCCCUCGGAUCUCCUGUGGAAGCUCUUCGACAUUCUACUCGGCAAAGCGUUGAUCAAAACAGUUCCGUAUGCGUCAUCUUGCUAUGAUUCAUUUGGGGAUUAUGACAAGGAUAGGUGUGAAUUCAUCACGGCUAAUUGGAUCAACGCAUCUAUCUACCACACCGAGGAUCCUACAUCAGUCAAUGCCGUUCUCUUCCAGGGGGCAACUUGCAUGCCGCCAGGUCUCGCCGCUUCAUCUACUGGGUGCACACUCGGCGGCUAUCCCACCUACGCGGUAGCUGUUCGCAACGUAGCACAAGUACAGCUCGCGGUCAAUCUAGCUCGGAAUCUCAAUCUACGUCUGGUUAUUAAGAAUACCGGCCACGACUUCGGUGCAAAGUCGGUAGGAAUGGGGGCUUUGUCGAUCUGGACCCACAAUCUCAAGGAUAUCCGGUUCUUCAGCCAUUACCGGCAAGAUUCUUAUUCUGGUCCUGCGUUCAAGCUCGGCACGGGAGUUCAAGGAUUCGAGGCGUAUGAGGCUGCGAGACAGAAUAAUGUUACCUUGGUUGGUGGUGAGGGACGAACUGUCGGCGUCAUGGGCGGCUACAUUCUCGGUGGCGGGCACUCGCCGCUCUCCAGUCUCUACGGGAUGGGAACCGACCAAGUGCUGUCGAUGGAAGUAGUGACCGCCGACGGGAGGUUUAUAACGGCUAACAGGAACAGCAACCCAGACCUAUUCUGGGCUCUGCGCGGCGGAGGAGGCUCCACAUUUGGCGUCGUCACAUCCAUCGUGGUUAAGGCCCACCCGAAGAUCAAAGUCACCACGCUGACGUACGCCUUCGAAACCGGUCCCAAGGUGACUCCUGAGCAGUUCUGGGCCGCGCUGCGCGCCUACUUCGACGGCUUCAUCACCUACACCGACGCCGGAAACUACGAGUACUUCCGGAUCUCCAAGGGCCUCGACGGUGGGUUCAAGACCGACAUGGGCCCGUGGUUUGCGCCCGGGAUGUCGAAAGCCGAGCUCAAGGCUCUAGUGGCCCCUUUGUUUAACAAGUUCAAAGCGCUGGGCAUCGAGAUACAGCCGAUCUACAAGGAAUACGACGACUACUACGGCGCCUGGUUCGAAAGCUUCCCGGUCGAGCCCUGGGGCAGCGACACGAUCCGCCAGGGCAGCCGGCUAUUCCCGCGCUCGAACUGGCAGGACUCGGCGAAGCUGAACGCAACGUUCGACGCGAUCAAGAGCAUUGUCGAGGAGGGCGCGUACGUGCUGGCGUUCAACGUGGCGGCGUCGCCCAAGGCGGGGUUCCCCGACAACGCGGUGAACCCGGCGUGGCGGGAGACGGUGCUGCACGCGAUCAUCGCGCAGCUGUGGGACAUGAAGGCGACGGAGGCGGACAUCAAGGCGGCGAGCGACAAGCUGACGUUCGACUGGCUGCAGCGCUGGCGCGACGUCUCGCCCGGCGCCGGCGCCUACAUGUCAGAGUCCGACUACAUCGAGCCCAACUACACGCAGGCCUUCUACGGCACCAAGUACCCGAGGCUGUACCAGCUCAAGCAGCGCUAUGAUCGGCACGGGGUCUUCUACGCGCACUCGGCGGUCGGGUCCGAGGACUGGCAGAUGUCGGAGAUGAUCUUGGGGAAUCUGCCGUCGCAGAACAGCAAGUUAUGCAGAUUAUGAAAUCUCUUUCCUUUUUUUUUCUUUUUUUUUUUACGAAGCACAUAUUACUUUACAUUUACCUACUUACCCACUAUUAAAUUUUACCUACCUACUUAUUAGAAUAUCUUGUUAUAUUGUAGACAAUUAUUAGAUUAAAUAUAUUACCGAUUUUAGAUCAUGCG